AUGACGACACUUGCCAGAGGGAGCGAGCAAUGCGACGCACGUAAUCACGUCUGCCUUCCUCGGGGCACCGCUUCGCUGAUCUGGUCGUCUAUCCAUCGGCAGCGUGUACUUCUCCUAGAUUCGCGUGGUGUCAGAGGGAGUGUGAGCCGAAUGAAGGCGACCGCCCAUUUUUGGGAGCUCGGGGACUUGGGAGCGAAUGAGCUCACGACGGAAUGACGGCAUCCAGUAUCCCGAUCUCAAUAUCCAAUAGCAUUACCGGCCGUCUAUUGCCUGCUCUGGCACUUGUACGUGUACACGAACAAGUGACCGUAUAAGGCUGUGUCGUGUGCAGUCGGCGGCGUAGAGCGAAGUCGAGUCGGACAAGGAAAUCCACAUUAUCAGAAGAGUUGGAUCGGAAACCGAACAAGGCAGGGAGUAUACACAUCAGAACCGAUCAGUCAUCACCCGUCCCCAACACAAUGGCAGGAAAAGGCAACAGAAACCGGGAACAUGAACGGAGAGGCUCGCAUCUGAACAGUCCGCACUAGACAAGGUUUCGAAUUCUCGUCUCUUGCCUCCUGUCCGUACCGUUGGUGCGGGUACAUCAGAGUUCCCCGCUUGGGCCUAGCGGUCCUUCCUCUCGGCUAGUUGGGCUGCAUACUGUGCUGGACGGUGCCCGAGAGCACUUUGCCUCCGUCUCCGAGAGGAAGUCGGUCAAUUCGAUUAGCUGACCGAGUGAUCGCUCAUUGUUGGUCCCGGAGCACCUGAUGGCACUUUACCCACGAUGACCACAUAGCAUAUGGACCCAACAAUUUUACUCCGCUGCCAAUCCUAUGAAUUGAUUCGCUGAAAAUCAUCGUCCUGAGGGCCCUGCAGGCGUUAUCGGUCUUCCGAGCCGCGACCGAAGCCGUUUCACCGUUCGGAAAUUGCAGAAGUACACUUUUUUUCACUCGCCAUCUUGCUGUCUGCGACUCAUCCAAAUCGAACCUUCCAAGACGGAAACAGAUGCCAAGUAAGCAAUUGCGUUUUUAGCUUCAGCAUUUCUCGUGGGACUCUCGCGUGCAGUCGACAUAUGUACUCGAAUUUCUGUCGCAUUCACGUUGUCGCCGACGUGGGCGUCCGUCAAAAAGCAUAUCACAACCGUAUACAUCUCCUAAAAUGGCGUUGGUCUAUAUCACGAAGCACCAUUGUGACGGAGAUCGCUGAAUAUCAAUCGCUGAGUCGUGGAUCGCACAAGUGGCAUUCAUAUAUCGAAAACGCAACGGCUGGCUACCUAUUCUGAAGGGCGAAGUUGUUUGCCUGUCACGGACACGGUCGAAGAGAGGACGCCACGAAAGGAAAUUCAAAAGCAAAGCCUCCCUAUAAUCAGGAAAAAGGAGCGCUAAAGAUGGCAGAAGAUAUGGCAAGACGAACGCCACUGGUUGACGACGGCUGGCACCGGAUCGACGCUUUUCCGCUUUUGCUCAAUCAACGCAAGCAACGA